AUGCCUGCCCCGUCGUCCCUCUCCGCCACCGCCGUGUCCUCCUCGGCGUCUGCAACAGCCACCCUCCCUGCCGGCUGCUCCCUAAGCUCAUUCAACGGCGGGGUAACGCUCAGCUCCGGCUUCGAAGGCUGCACCACCUCGACCCUCUUCGGCCUGGACUCGUGCUGCGCUGCCGCGGGCAGCAUACCCGCGUUCGUCAACAACACGUGCGGCUGUCCGCUCGACAAGGUCGCGUCGGCCAAGGAUGCCCGCGACGCGUUCACGAGCUGCACCGCGAAGCUCAACCUCACGUCCGGGUGCGGAGGGUACCCGCUCCCGAGCGCCACUCCGAAAGGCGGCGCUGUAGGACGGGAGGCAGGCGUGCGGUUUGCGUGGGUCUGGGUCGUGUUGCUUUCGGCCUUGAUAGGGGGUGCUUAUGUUGUGUGA